AUGACUAGUAAUCCUUACCGAGGGAACCUCUGUGAGGGUACUGCUGUGAAGGGUACUAUUGUGAAGGGUACCACUGUGAAGGGUACCACUGUGAAGAGUACCACUGUGAAGGGUACCAUUGUGAAGGGUACCACUGUGAAGGGUACUACUGUGAAGGGUGCCACUGUGAAGGGUACCACUGUGAAGGGUACCUCUGUGAAGGGUACCACUUUGAAGGGUACCACUGUGAAGGGUACCUCUGUGAAGGGUACUACUGUGAAGGGUACUACUGUGAAGGGUACCACUGUGAAGGGUACUACUGUGAAGGGUAGUACUGUGAAGGGUACUACGGUGAAGGUUAUCACUGUAAAGGGUACUUCUGUGAAGGGUACUACUGUGAAGGGUGCCAAUGUGAAGGGAACCUCUGUGAAGGGUACUACUGUGAAAGGUACUACUGUGAAGGGUGCCACUGUGAAGGGUACUACUAUAAAGGGUACCUCUGUGAAGGGCACCUCUGUGAAGGGUACUACUGUGAAGGGUACCACUGUGAAGGGUACCACUGUGAAGGGUACUACUGUGAAGGGUACCUCUGUGAAGGGUACCACUGUGAAGGGCACUACUGUGAAGAAAACUGAGACAAAAGGGCAAUCCAGUUAA